AAAUCAAUAUUAUUCUCGAUCACUGAUAUUAUCCAAAUUAGGCUAUAAUAGUAUUUAUGAUUUGAGAAUAUUUCAUCAUUGAAAAACGUGUUUUGACUGUCAUUUAUUAGAAAGUUUUCUAGGUUGGAUUUAUUCAUCUAUUAAGUAGAUUAUAUUUGUAAAUUUGUUAUUUUAUAUGAGCGAACUAUUCAUUAUUUAUUUAUUUUGUUUUGACAAGGUUCAUGUUUCAAAAUAAAAUUAGAGAAAAAAUAGUUUUAUAAAUUCAACAGCUGUUAGAUUAAUAUCAAAUCAAAUCAGCUGUGAGCCUGUCAAUACUUGAAGUUUUUCGUGUUUGUAGGUUAUCAAUGAUGAGUUGUUACUAAUUUUUGUUGUUCAUUAUAAAUAACCUGUAGUCACUUGUUAAAAUAGUUUACAAAUUAUUCCUUUAUCGUGAGAUCCCUCAACUUUCAAAGUAGCAUUUAGUUUCAUGUUGACCCAAGUACUGUAAGUAUUCACUUUUGUUCUACAAUGUCAGACCCAGAUAGAAUCAAGAAGAACGUAUUCUAUACGCUUUUUUCAGACGUUGAAGAUGUUGAAAAACAUGUAGAACUAAUUAAACGCACCGCGCAGGAAGUAUCCGAUGAGUUUAAUGCAACGGUUAGGGACCUUGCUCAAAAUAGAAGUUCGAGCAGUGAGAAUGAUGUCUACGAGGACGCACUAAACACUAGUGAUCCUGUUUUGAAACAUAAGAAACUAGUGAACGAAUUGGUAGAGGAACUGUUUGCCAUUACGCUCAACGAAAAUGCACAUUCCCCAACUAGCACAAGAGUUACAGUUUUCGGUGUGACUCAUUUAGUUUAUCUUAAAGAACUAGCAUCAUCUCUGCAUCCAGUAACUCUUAUCGACUUGGACAUUUUGAGGCAAGCCCUGUUUGAGAGACUGACUCUGGAAAAUCCUUCUGAAAAUAUUGUUCCAUCCAGUUCGGAAAGUGAUACUCCUGUACCGAGUUCAGUGAUUGAGAAAGAAUGCAUAACCUAUUUGUACGACUGUUUCACAAAGAUACGUUCGAGACGCCACAGUUUGGACAAAGAUAUGAGAGUGGUUGCCAUGAAAAUGAUUGACAUAAUCCAUGAAAAUGUAGCAACCGCCUUGAUGGAGCCGGCGCUGUAUGAAGAAAAUUCAGUCACACAAAAUCUAGCUAGACAGUUCGUGGAGCUGUUCUCGGGCGACCAGUGUGCGCUGACAGAAGUGGCGUCGUUUGUGAAGGGCGUCGUGGCGGCCAUCGAAAUGGACGAGGGUGAAGGGACGCUGAGUUACGCUUUCUCCUCCAUCCUGAGAUAUGUGCGCGACCUCUUCGCCCAGGCCUCCAUACUCAACUACCCAACCUACCUCUUCCAACUGCUCAAGAUAUUCGCCAACCACCCCAGCUUGGCUAAGGUGCUACUGAUGCACUGCCUUGAAGAAGAGGGGCCGCCAUAUAUGACCGAUUACAGUGUUGCCAGCUCGUGCCUGGGAGCUGCAUUGAAUCUGUCCUGUUUGCCCAAGACUGAUCACGGCCUCUAUGAGUACUUCGACUAUAAUGACAACCAAGUAUUUUCGACCAUGGAGGCAAACAUCUGGUCGGGAAUGGCAGGGCUGGCUGAAGAGUUGCAUGCCGUGGUGAAGGCACUUAUCAAGACCAAUCGUGACCUCACACUGCAUUGGCUCGGCUUGGUGCUCGAUUUCAACGUGCACAGAGGUAGACUGGUAGCAGUGAGCCAGAUGGCUCCAUUUCGCUUGGUGUCGCACGGCUAUGCGUUGAACCUGAUGGCCGUUCUGCUACGCUUGGUGAAGCCAUAUGCGGUCAACGGUGACGGAGAAAAGUUGCUCAGAAUCGAUCCCACAUACACGUCCUAUUCGAGAACCUCCACAGACACCGAUCACGAACGAGGUGUGCACAUGCAUUCAAUGGAACGCGAGACAUGCCUGCUGGGCGUGCCCUCCACCUCCGAGGGGGCCAACGAGGGAGCCGAAGGGGCGAACAGUCGACCCCUAGCUUCGGCCCCGUUCUCGUUCAUGACCGAAUGCUUCCACAUGUGUCACCGCUCGCUGGAUUUGGGCUUCCGAGUGGUGCUCGAGCACAUGGAGGAUGUCUACAAGCAGCUGGUCAAACUCAAGAAUGCCUUGGGCGCGGCUACCACUCAGGGUCAAACCGACAGGGUCGCACUGCUCAAGGAACAGUUCGAGUUUUUGAUGAAGAGAUAUUUGAGCCUGCGUUGCGCGCUAUUCGAGCCAACUUCACUGGAGCUGCUGAGUGGAUUUGUUGGUGCAACUUGCUCCUGGUUGGUGCAAGUGGUGCUGGAUGACACACCAUCCGCCGAUGCACCCAGGGACACCUAUGCGCCACUCAAAUGGAGGAAACUCACCUUUCCGCUGCCACAGCACAUUCCAAACACACUCAGAUGUGUGCCAGAAAUGUUGCUGGAGCACACCGCCUGCUACCUGGUGCUUGUCAAGCGUUACGCACCGCUCAACGUGACCCGUCAGCCACAGCCCAGUGACGUCAGCAUGCGUCACGUGAUGUCGGCGCUGCUUGUGCUGAUGUCGUCGAAUGCGCGCGCCAGGAAUCCACACCUUCGCGCCAGGCUCGCCGAGUGCCUCGAGUGUAUGCUGCCUCCAGACCACUCGGCGCCCGAACAAAACCAGGUGGCCACUUUCUAUCGCCAGCAGUUGUUCACCAAUCAUCCGCAUGUUGAUCAGAUAGUGCAAUGCCUGCUGGAUGUAUUUGUUGGGAUAGAAAUGACGGGAGAGAGUGUAUCUUUCGAACAGAAAUUCAACUAUAGGCAGCCAAUGUAUGCUGUCAUGCACUACCUAUGGGGAAUAUCCAAGCAUAGGGCCUAUUUCAGGAAUCUGGCAAAAGAAGCAGAAGAGAAUAUGGACGCCGUGCAGCCUCCUUUGUUUUUGAGAUUUCUCAAUUUACUGAUGAAUGACGCCAUCUUCCUAUUGGACGAGGCUCUCAGCAAUAUGGCGCAACUCAGACUUCUGUCAACUGCUAGAGAGAAUGGAGAAUGGGACAAUUUGCCAGACAAUGAGAGAGAACGCAACGAAAUGUCCCUGCAACAUAUCGGAGCUGCAGCCAGAAUUGAUAACAUUCUCGGCGGCGAAACGAUUCGAGUGCUGGAAUACAUGAGCUCGGAAAUCAAGAGCAUCUUCUGCCAUCCAACAAUGUCUGACCGAGUGGCGGCCAUGUUGAAUUAUUUCCUCUUCCAUUUGGUUGGACCUAAGAUGAAGAAUUUCAAGGUAAUGAACAACAAGGACUACAAAUUUGAGCCGGCUUCUCUGGUGUUGAACAUCUGCCGCAUCUACACACAUCUCGGCCAGAGUGACGAAUUCUGUAAAGCUGUGUCCAGGGAUGGACGCUCCUACAACCCUAAACUGUUUCAUUUAGCUCGCAAUGUGCUCGCCCGCAUCGGAGGCGCAUUCCUGUUGGACGACAUCCGCGCGAUCGAGGAACGAGUGCGCGUGUUGGCCGCCGAACAGGAAGCCGAGGAAGAAUGUUUGUCCGACGUUCCUGACGAGUUCCUCGACCCCAUAAUGUCCACACUGAUGGUGGACCCGGUCACCCUGCCCUCCUCCAAGAUCAACAUUGACCGUUCCACUAUAUCCAGACACAUUUUGAGCGACCAAUCAGACCCGUUCAACCGAUCUCUGCUCACCAUGAACAUGGUUAUUCCGAAUCCGGAACUGAAGGAACGCAUCCAGAAGUGGAAAGCGGAACGCAUGAGUAUCAUCAUGCAGCGUAAGAGUGACGAAGCAGCGGCGGCAGCUGCAGCUGCAUCAGCUGAUUCUGAAUCAGCUGAUGCCUCCAUGGAAGCUGAUGACGAGUCCGAUGAUCUCAUAGCGCGUAGCUUUGAGGCGGCGAUUCGAGGAGGUCGACCCAACACUAGCAGUUCAGACGAGGAGCUUCGUCAAGUGUUCGAUCAAGUGCCCCCCAACACGAGUAGCUCGGACGAGGAACUUCGUCAAGUUCGCGAAGCUCUGGGUCAAGUUGGAGAUAUAGCGCCGCCCAAUACUAGUAGUUCGAGUGCAGACGAAUAAUUAAUUUUUUGAAAAAAAAUCAGGAAUUUAGACUCUGGAGGACUUGUCAAGUUCACGAAGUUUUGGGUUAAGUUGGAGAUAUAGCACCGUCUAGUAGUUCAAGUACUGACGAACAAGUUUUGAAAAAAGUUGAAGGAUUUAGACUCUAGAAGACUUGUCAAGUUCGCCAAGUUUUAGGUUAAGUUGGAGAUGUAGCACUGUAUAGAAGUUCAAGUAUUGACGAAUAAGUUUUGGAAAAAGUUGAAGAAAUUGGACUCUAGAAGACUUGUCAAGAUCACGAAGUUCUUGAUUAAGUUGGUGAUGUAGCACCAUCUAGUAGUUGACGAAUAAUUAAUAUUUUGCAAUAAUAAAGGAACUUGGACUCUAGAAGGAUGUGAAUUUCUUGUGAGUUAGGACUGGAGUCUUUAUCGAAAUAGGUUGGAAAAAUUUAGGAAUUUGGACUCUAGAUGUAUUAUUAUUCGUUAAUAUUCGAGACUUGUGGCCAAGCAUUGAUUUCGUUUUGACGGCAAAAAUUUAGGAACUUAUGGGCCUUGUUCUGAGUAUUUAUUGAAAUAGUUUGUUGAAAUGGUUUGGAAAAAUCUAGGAACUUGGAUUCUAGAUGGAGUGAAUUUGUUGUGAGUCAAGACUGGAGUCUUUAUGGUGAAUCAUUGGUUUAGUUUUGGGGGCAAAAAUUGAGGAGAGGAACUUGGACUCUGGACGGAGUGAAUUUGUUCUGAGCCAGGACUGGAGUCUACAUUUAAAUAGUUUGUUGAAAUUGGAUGGAAAUUUAUGAACUUGGACUCCAAGUGCCGGUUGUACAAAAGCCGGUUAAAUUUUAAUCGUGAUUAACUCUACGAGAGCCAAUCAGAGAAGCCGUCUUAUAAAAAAGGCCUUCUCUGAUUGUUUCUCGUGAGAUUAAUCGGGGUUGAAAUUUAACAGGAUUUUGUGCAACUGGGUAGUGAAUUUGUUGUGAAUUAUGACUGGAGUCUUUAUCGAAAUAGUUUGCUGGAAUGGGUUGGAAAAAUUCAGGAAUUUUGACUCUAGAUGGAGUUGGUUUGUUGCGAGUCAAGACUGGAGUCCUCGAUGCGAAACAUUUAUUCAGUUUUGGGGUAGUGAAGUUUGUUGAAAUGGGUUGUUGUCCCUGGAUUUGAGAUGUGGUGGGGAUACGGUUGUGUUCCAAGACCAGAGUCGUUGUGAUUCAAGAGCGUGGUCGUUGGGGUUCACGACUAGAGUCGUUGUGAUUCAAGACUAGAGUCGUUGUGAUUCAAGGCUAGAGUCAUUGUGAUUCAAGAGCGUGGUCGUUGUGGUCCACGACUAGAGUCGUUGUGAUUCAAGACUAGAGUCGUUGUGAUUCAAGACUAGAGUCAUUGUGAUUCAAGAGCGUGGUCGUUGUGGUUCACGACUAGAGUCGUUGUGAUUCAAGACUAGAGUCGUUGUGAUUCAAGAGCGUGGUCGUUGUGGUUCAAGACUAGAGUCGUUGUGAUUCAAGACUAGAGUCGUUGUGAUUCAAAACCAGAGUCGUUGUUGAGAGGAGAAAUUGAUAUAAUAAAGACCAGAUUCGUGAUUCAAGCAUUCUUGAUGACAUUUGUAAUAAAAUCUGCCAAUUUGAAUGAAUUUCAAUUAAGUGACCAAGAAUAUUCAGUUUUUGAAAAUAAUUUCUAGAACUGGUGCCCAAGUCUUAAAAUUGCAUGUUAUUUUUUUGAAUUGUUAAUGAAAUAGAAUGAAUAUUGAAAUCACAUUCAUAUUUUUGCGAAUUUUAUGUCUUUAAUGUGAUUUACCCGAUUAUUCCAAGUUAUUAGUUAGUUCCUCUAUAAUUGACGAUUGAAAUUGAUGUGUUUUUCAGAUGUGAAUGUAUGAAAAUUGCUAUUGUAUUUUAUUGAUCAGUUUUGUAAGAAGUUUUAAUAAUAUUGUAAGCUCUAAAGAUUGAAUGGAAAUGUUGAAGAACCUUUUGAAAAUUGUAAUGAAUUGUCUUGUAGCUUGAUGUAAGUGCAGGUUAAUAUAUGUGUUGUAAGAUUUAAAAUUUAUGUAUGAUUUAUGAAAAUGAUGUUACUAUUUUACAAAUCAAUUAUUAUCAAAUACUCAAUAAGUUGAUUGAGUAAAUUUCAUAUUCUUGAAUUAUCAAUGUUUUUAAUGUGAAGAAAAUUAUUAGGAUAAAAGCAUAAUAUAUCAAUAAACUCGUCAUUUUUCUAGGGCUACUCUUGAAUAUAAAUGAAAAUCGAAAUUUAAGUACCCUUUUCAGAAUUAUUUACUCACAACAUGUUUCGGCUAUUGUCAUCAAGUGCUUGAAAAUAAAUUCAUAUUUGAAUUUUAUUGUUCAAGCACUGGCAUUAUAUAGCCGAAACAUGUAAGUAAAUAAUUUUAAAAAGGGUAAUUUGAUUUCUAUUUUCAUUUAUAUCAAUAAACUCUUUUGCUGGCCACCUAAUAUAUCUGAGAUGUAUGUCUAAUUACUUUUUCAGCGUUUAUUUCAAUGUAGCUACAGUAUCAUCAUUGUAAAUUUAUAGUGAAUGUUUACAUGUUUUAUGUGUAUUUUAAUGUCAACUACUGUAUAUUUAUCAGAAUAUUUCGUUAGUUAUUUUACUUUUAAACAAUAAUUUUAUUCGGGAAUGUUACAUGUUUAUCUAUCAUCAUCUAUUAGAUACAAUAUUAUCAUUAUUAUUUUAAGGAACAAUUUUAGUAUUUACGGAUUUUUUCUACUAUUUCACUUCAAACAAUUCCCCGUUAGUGAAUAGAUUGCUUUCUAGUUCCUUGAUAAUAGCCUACAAUCGUUUAAUGGACCAAAAGAGGUAAAUUAGCGCCUUAAAGAAUCAUUCAAUUAAAAUCAGAAAUCUUAAUGAUAACUAUUAGUCAGUACAACCGAAAUGUAAUGGAAAAAUAAAUCAUUUACAAAAAGUAUAAAACAAAUCGUACAAUACAUUGAAAAAUGACUAGAGGGUACUGUAAAAAAAUACUCAUUAAUUUCACAUUCCCUGGAUUAAAAUAGUUGUGUACACUUUAUUUAUCUUCAACACUUUUAGAAUAAUUGUUUCAUGUUUACUAUACUUUACCGUAUAUGUAUCUACUUUUCUCUAGAAUUUGAAAUACAUAAUCUACCCCUAAAAGACUUAUGAAAUAAGAGGUAGAGGGAGUGACUUACUUGCAACUGUCAGAAUCGAAAGGUAAACUUUGAAUAGGAAGAAUAUUAGGCUCAACUCACACUUACGAGACUCAGUUCGAGUAGAGACUUGACUCCAGUCGAGAGCAUGUGUUUCCAAAUGGUGACACUCAGACCAGUCGAUUCCAGUCUCCGCGACGUCACUAUUUGAAAACACAUGCUCUCGACUAGAGUCGAGUCUCUUCUCGACCUGAGUCGCGUAAGUGUGAGUUGAGCCUAAAUGUUACUUAUAAGGAAUAUGACAGUUUUUAAGUAAUUCUUGCUUUAGUUGUAUUGUUUUGAUUGAAUAUUUUUUAUAUGAAGUGUAAUACUAUUUCUGUGGUCUGGUGCUCCAGUGAUGAAUUGAUAAAACUUCUCCUUUUCAAAACCUAUCCAGUUCUCUCAUUUGAAAACACGAAAUUUAAUCUAUACUAUAAUAAAGUAAAGAACUGGCUCAUGAACGUACAGAAUAGGAAAUUCACGUAUGACGUCUGAACUACUGGACUGAUUAACUUGAAAUUUUGCAUAUAGAAUCUUAAUUAACCGAGGAUGGUUAUAGGCCUAUCUUCAAUUCUUCAAUACAAGUUUUCAUUUUGUCAAGUUAUUAAUUAGACCCUUGCGGAGCACGGGUUACCUGCUAGUUUAAUUAUAAAAUACUUAUCGGUGGAAAAUUGUGAUACUAUAGUGACUGCUGAUGAAAACUGUAUAGCUUUUCUCAUUCAUAAGAUAAAGUUUUCAAUUUUACAAAAUUUAUUUCUUUAAAAUAUUGUCUCUACAUUUCAAUGUACCGUACUUCUAUAAAUUUGUUGUUUUCAAAUUAUCGUACACUAAGGCCCUGUUGCUAGGACACUUAUCAAAUCCGAUGGACCAUUAAACCUAUAGAUUUAAUGGUUCAUUAGAUUUAAUAAAACCUAUAGAUUUAAUGGUUCAUUAGAUUCAAUAAAACCUAUUGAUUGAAUACAGAUUUAAUGGUUCAUUAGAUUCAAUAAUAGUGUCCUAAAAAUCAGGCUUUAGUAUUUUUAUUGAGUGCUGGACUUGGUAAUGUAUUAGAAAUAUGUAAACUAUGAUGCUGUUUGUAAUAAUUAUUGUACAUUUCAUUGUAAAAACUAUAUAAUUACAUCUGUUUUUCUGUUAUCAAA